CCAAUGAAUUUGAUUGCAAUUUUGAAAAAAAAUGGAGAAAUUAGCAGUAGCGAGCACUAUUGUGGUAUGCCUUAUCCUCUCACUGCUUUUCUCCAAUGCCAAUGCUGCCAAAAAUGGCGGCAGCCACAACAUCACUCGCAUUCUGGCCAAGAACCCUGACUUCUCCACCUUCAACCACUACCUCUCCGCCACCCACCUCGCCGAUGAGAUCAACCGCCGCCGGACCAUCACCGUCCUCACCGUGGACAAUGCCGGCAUGUCCGAUCUCCUCUCCAAACACUUCAACAUCUACACCCUCAAGAACGUCCUCUCCCUCCAUGUCCUCGCCGAUUACUUCGGCGCCAAGAAGCUCCACCAGAUCUCCAACCGCACUACCUUAGUUUCCUCCCUCUUUCAGGCCACCGGAGCCGCCUCCGGCACCGCCGGCUAUAUCAACAUCACCGACAUUAGAGGUGGGAUAGUUGGGUUCGGAGCUGAAGACAACGAUGGAUCACUUCAUUCCUUCUACAUAAAAUCAGUGUUCGAAAUCCCUUACGUCAUUUCUGUUCUUCAGAUCAGUCAUCCUCUUUCUUCUCCAGACGCCGAAGCUCCCACCUCUGGACCAGGCCUCGUCAAUCUCACCGUUAUCAUGGCCAAACAAGGCUGCAAGGGCUUCGCCGAUCUCCUCCGUCCCUCAAAAGCCCUUCCGGCUUUUGAACACAACGUCGACGGCGGCUUAACGGUGUUUUGCCCCACCGACGACGCCGUCACCUCCUUCCUGCCCAAGUACAAGAACCUCACAGACUCCGAGAAAGAGUCGUUACUGUUAUAUCACGGCGUCCCUGAGUAUGAAACCCUGCAAAUGUUGAGGUCUCAUAAUGGCAGGAUGAACACUUUGGCCACCGAAGGAGCCAACAAGUUUGAUUUUUCAGUGAAGAGUAAAGGCGAAGAUGUGAUGUUGAACACCAAAAUUGUCACAUCCAAUAUAGUGGGCACGUUGAUUGAUCAAGAUCCUGUUGUGGUUUACAAGAUUGAUGAGUUUUUGUUGCCCAGAGAACUGUUUAAGGAGGCGCCAGCAAUGGUGCCCGCCGAGUCGCCUAAGCCGGCGAAGAAGAAGAAGAAGGCAGCGUCACCGGAAGAAGCUCACUCGCCGGACUCUGCUGACUCACCAGAUUCCUUUUCGGAUAAUCAGAAAGCUGCCGAUGAUGAUAACGGAUCAACUGGGUCAAACAAUGGCUUCGGCUUUAUCACCCUGUUGGUAACUGUGGUCAUGGGGUUUUUGCUUCUAUAAUAUAACGAGCAAAUUAUCAAUUAAUCCAUACAAUUGAAGGAAAAAAAUGGAUAUAAAAGUGAAUUUCGGUUAAAAUAAGACGCAACAUUAUUGUAUCUAUCUUCAAUUAUUAGAAGGGGUAAAUGUGCAAUUUGGUCUUGAAAGCACAAAAUGCAUAUUUCUUGACGUUUUAA